GGCGAAGUCGACGACCCGAAUCCACCACCAAAACCAAUCAGCUUGUCACUGCCAGCGAAGCCCGCACCGGCGAAGAAGUCAACGACAGCGUUUCCGUUCAAGAAGAAGGAGGCGGGUCCACUCCCGAACAUAUUCGACCGGGCUGAAGCCAACAUCAAGGGGAGCAGCAGUAGGAAUAGAGGCGAUUCGUACCGGCCCUCACCACCCCGCUCGCAUUCGCGCUCCCGCACACCUUCGCCCAGACAACACCGGCUACCGCAGCAGCGGACUACACACAGUCCCUCUGCCUCUUCAUACAGCCCAGCGCCAAGCCAUGACAGCCGAGGAAGGGACUAUGACAGAGAUUACCGACGGAGUCAUCACCACCGCAGGCCGCACGGGGACCGCGAUCGACGGUUGUACCUUCCGACUGGCGAUGAGCGCGCCCCGCGGCCGAUCGACGAGCCUCGCUCAUACCGCCCUCCUCAGGUGUCGGAUUGGAGAAGUCGGGCGGAUGAUUACGACCGCUACGACAGACGCGGGGGCUAUGAUGACCGGGACUACUAUCCGCGGGAUAGACGCGACCGGUCACCUCCGUCUCGACGCGGGGACUCGUACCGGCCUGGUGCUUGGUCACCACCCCGACGCCACUCCGAAGCGCCACUGCCACGUCGCCCGCCCUCACUACCUGCCUAUCGCCCUGUAUCACCCGCGUCGUACCGGCCACAAUCUCCUGGCGAAUACAAGCCUCAAUCUCCUGGCGCGUACAGACCGCAGUCACCUUCACGAGACCCCCCAUCACGCGCACCUCCACUCGUAUCCCCAUCCUCAUCCAAGCCGCCACCCCCGCCUCCCGCCGAUGGCGCGCCUCCACCUCCCGUGUCACCUCCGCCUGCCCCGCCGCCAGACCCCAGGCUAGAAAGCGCUAUACCCCCCUUGCCCGCGAGCCAUGCCUCAAUAUCGAUCACAAUGAAGCGG